CCUUCUUUUUUUUUUUGUUUUACAGGAAACAUGUCUGAUAAAUAUAAAAACCUCAAGGUUAAAGAACUUCAAGAAAUUCUACAAAAGAACGGUCUUCCUCAUACCGGUAAGAAAGAAGAACUUAUUGAACGAUUGGUAAAACACGAUGAACACAAAGCUCUAGAAUUGGAAUCACUGGAAGCUGAAUUUGGUAACUUGGAAGAAUAUGAUGACUCAAAGAUCAAUCUAGAUGAACUUGUUGAUCCUGAACUUCGUUCUUUCCCACCUGAGAAGAAGGAUGAUGUUAAACCAACAGAAUCAGCUAGUACUAAUACUACUACGACGAACAUUCCAAAUAAAACUAAUAUCGGCAACAGCAGUGACACAACUAAAACUAGCUCAGCUGAACCUAUUGUAAAAGAAGGCUCCAACUUCAAAUUUACCCCAAUUGUUUUCGACAUAAAGACAAAUACUGCUACAUCUACGAACGGUAAUACAGCAUCCUCUCCGAAAAAAGCUAGUGAACCAUCUUCUGCAACAACUGAUGCUGAACGAAAGUUGGAACGGGCAAAACGAUUUGGUGUUCAAGUCAAUGAAAAAACAAAACAAGAAUUACGAGCUGCUAGAUUUGGUAUCCAAAAACCUUCAACUCAAACUAAGAAGCCGAUAACAAAGGGUCUGGAUCCUGAAGUACUCAAAAAGCGAGCAGAAAGGUUUGGAUUACCUGACAAGAACACAAAAUCAGCAAAACCAUCAACCACAUUGUCACCUGAAGAAGAAGAAAAGAAAAGAAAAAGAGCAGAACGAUUUGGAAUUGAUGUCAAUAAAAAACAAAAAAGUUAGAUAUUCCCCCCUUUCCAUCUUCACAUCAUGAUGUUUGUAUUCUUAGUUAUUUGUUUAUUCUUUUUUCUCAUUUUUAAUAAAUUACAUUUGUCAUGAUUCUAUAGUAUCCUUUUUUUUUCAUUUUAGACUUGUUUAUCCCAUGUCAUUCCAUAGUUUUUGUCAUAAAACUAACUCAAUAUUCAUCAUCAUCAACCAUCAUAACAUUAUUCUCAUCAAUCAGAGUUUGUCAAUCAUAACAUAUCACCCAUCGAUCAUACAGCAUUUGAAGUAGCAACGCCAAAAAAA